CAUAAAUCCAUCUGUUCCUCUCUGCUCAGACACAAACAGGAAAUCUCUCUGUGAGCAGAAACAAACACUCACCUCUCUGCUCUGACAGAUUUUCAUGUUGUCUUUCAUAAAUCCUCUCCUCCUCGCUGGAGCAGACGCUCAGAGCGAACACCGACACAAACACUGUCAGAGUGUCAGCGAGCCGGGGAAACAGAGUGACAGGGAACAAAGGGAACACCUGGAGCGACAGGUGAGGAUGGCAACCAAGACUCAGGCUCUAUAUGACAUAAUGGUGCUUUUUUUAAACCCUGAUUUCACUCUACAUCAGACAUAUCAGGUGACUUUAUAGUUGUGUUGUUAACCCUGAUAUCAGUGUAUCUGUGUGACUGCAGCAGGGAGCUGUUUGAGGUUACAGAAGUUUAACUAACCCUCUCAGACUUUAAUGAUGCCAGACUUUUACGAUGUCAGACUUUAAUGAUGUUGGACUUUAAUGAUGUCAGGGCUGCAGUGUGAGAGUAUGAGAGAGUCUGUGGCGACUACAGAUGGUAUGAAUAUGAGGGAUGACACCACACAUUAGCAUCAAAUGAAAACAAGGGCGAUCCCAUCAAUUUGUAUCAAUUUGUAAUUAAUUAAACAAGUAAAACAACAAACAAAUAACAGGGAAAGGACACUCUGACAGCUCCCCUGUGCGACUGUAAGACAUGCAGUAGGGAGACGUUUGUGGAUAUCGAAGGUUGCAAGGAUCAGAUGUUGCUGUUUCUGGAUUGCAGAGGCUGCAGAUGUGUCAGGCUGGAGAGGCUGAAGGCUGCAGCUGUUGUAGGAUGCAGGUUGCAAAGUUGUAGAGGUUGUAGAGGUUGCAGAGGAGAAACUUACGGUGGCCGAAAACUGCCACUGCUUCAGAUAAAAAAAGAAUGCAAAAAAAAAAGGAGUCACAUUGGAAGUUUGCAAAAGAUGCAAAAGAAAGAAACCGAAGCCUGCUGCAAAUAAAAAAAGAAAUGUGCAGAUAAAAAAGCCAUAACGGAAGUUCAUGACGCAAAAAAAAGUGGCAAUGGGAAAAAAAAAAAGGGGAAAAAGAUGCAAAAUGAUAUGCUUCUUUGCUCGUCUUCUUAUCGACAUCUUCUAUGCCUGGAUCAUAAAACACCGGUGCAUCAUCAUUAUUGGUCCCCAGCAGCUCACUUCCAUUGUGACUUUUUUAUUUGCAUCCUUUCAUUUUUACAGUAAGUUCUUUUUUUUUUACCAUCGCCACUUUUUUUGCGUUGUUAACUUCUGUUGUGGCUUUUUUUAUCUGCACCGUUUCUUUUUUUUUUGCAUCAGUAACGUCCGUUGUGGUUUCUUUUUUUUUGCAUUCUUUUUUGUUUGCAGCAGUGGCGGUUCUCAGGCACCGUAGAAAUCAUUCCAAAAUACAGGAGAAAACAGAGCGUCUCCAGCCUGUAUAUGAAGCUGCUGCAGGAGGAUAUUUUUCUUCCAGGAUGCACCAGUGCUGGAGUAUGUUUUCAGCCUGAUAACCAGCCGCCCUCUUGCUCUGACAACACCCUCACACUCUGCUGCUGAGACGUCUCUGUUAUGAACUGACCGUCAGAUAAACACAGCCCCCGUCUCCUCUCAGCUUCUCUUGAGCUGGAGAUCAGUCUGGGUCAGAGGUAGGGGUAGGGGAGAGAUCCCUCAGCCUGCAGGCAUCUGUCAGAGAGGUGAAGCUCUGAUUGGUCAGAUGUGACGUCAUCACAAAACAUUAUGAAACUUAUUUUAACCCUCAGUGAACCUGAAAUACUCUUAACAUGCUGUGAGUUUCAUGAAGUCCGAGCGUCUUUGCUUAGUUUUAAAGAACCAAAGAUAUUGAUGAGGGAAUAAAACAGUAAUGGACACAUUCAUUAACUCUUAAUUUGCGUUAAAGAUCCAUUUAUCACCAGAGUUUGUGUCAUAUAAGUCAGAGAGUUCAUGUUUUAACUGUGCAGCUCAGUGAGCUCCCUCUCUUUAAAUCAAUUACAGUGCACUGUUUUCUCCUCCCAGCAUGCUUUGCCGCUGUGACCUUGCAGAAACAGAGACGAGACGCAGCACUAAUCAGCGAGAUGUAAAUCAGCGGGAGCGAACAGAUCACUGACCGCUGAAAAAAUGUCCUGUUAGAGGACAGGAAGUCAGAGUCUGCGGAUACGAAAGCCCACUGAGACACAGACACACACACACACACACACACACACACACACACACACACACUCAGAGGGUAAAAAUGUAUAGCAGUUGCGGUGCUUUCAGGUCUCUUUAACACUCAGAGCUCAGCAGUCUGUCCUCUUAUUCGGUUUAAUCAGAAUAAUAGAAACAAAAGACGAAACAAAGUGUGAAAUUAAACCCAAAGCCUGAAAAAGGAGGGAGCUACAAGGACGGCCGAAGAGGUUACGAAGUUAGGGAGACGCUCAGUGCUGGACUCUGCAGGCCUCAGAGCUCAUUAUUGUCUUCAGAGAUAAUCCUCCACCACAGAGACUGACUUCUUGAGGGAGUCCAGCUCAUGUCCUUCAGUGUUACACAGACUCCUGUUCUGGGAGCAGCUUAUUAACCUGAGCAGAAACUGGACACUUCAAACUUGGAUCUGGAGGCUGAAUCUGUUCAAACAGAGAAUCAAAGCUCUGCUGUUUACACCCCCUGUUACUCUCUGAUUGAGGGUUGAGACCAGAAGGAAUCAGAAUUAAAGAAGCUCCUUAUUAUUCCCCUCCUGAGGGGAUUGGACUGUAAAAGCCUCCUGCAGCAGAGCGCGCCGAGAUGAGCUGUUUGAUAGUUUCUCUCUCUUUAUAUGAACAAAGUGACUCUUUGAGUUUCUUCAGCGUCUAAACGGAUUAAACCGCAGGUUCAUUAAAGCUGCUUUGUGCUCCGAACAGGACAGUCGUGUUCGCUGACUUUAAAUCACUUUCCCUUACUUUUCGCUCUUUAGCUGAAACAUUUCUGAUUAAGCUGUGGGCUCUCACUCCUCCUGCGCUCCGUUAAUCAACCAUGUAAUGACUUUAAAUUGGAUAAAUCACUCAGACCAACCCUGUUAGAGAGCCCAGCUGGCUCUGUUUAAAGCAGCCCAAGAGGAGGAGGAUGGACGAGGAAGAUGGAGAGGUUCAAGCAUCCUGAAUCUCUCCUCUGUGUCUCAUUUAUUUAAUUUAACUGAGCCUCCAAUAAGAGAGAAAGAAAAACCAUCAAUCUGAGGAUGAAGCUGAUUAAACAUUCAGAGCUCAAAGUUAAGUUUUUGAAGACCCACUCUGAUGAAAAUCAUGUUUUUCUCUGGCAUUUUUCUGAUGCUACAGGACAUAUCAUGAGAAAACUAAAUGCGAAAUUUCUUUUCUGAGUAUUUCUUCAUUCAAAUUGCUGUGAAUCUUCGGCAGAUCCAAAACGGCAACAGUGAGAUGUCAUACGUAACUAAUCCAAGCUCCGUCCCUGGAGCCCCGCCAUGCAGGCCACGCUCUGCAUAUAGAGGAGAAAUACACGGGACGAUCCCGGAUAGCAAGGCUCGUAAAAAAGUGAAUUAUGAUAUUAGCUUUCGUCGUGUCCCUAAAGACAUUAGUGUCCAAGAGUUGAAUAGCUCCUAUGUUACCUGCCACUUCUACCACAUUGACAAUGUUAGGUUGCAAGCUAACGUGACGAGGAGUGUGCAGAGCAGCGCUGUUUCCGCCCACGACUCAGAGGUGAAUUGCUAAUGAGCAACUGGAGCUCUGCAGAAGAAAAGCCUUUGAAAACGACACAGGUAAAGCGACUUUUGGUAAAAACUUCCUAAUAACAAUUUAAAGAGGACUGAGAACACUUAGUUGUAAAAAAAUACAAUCGGAGUGGGACUCUAAAUAAAGUUUACUCAUUUUUUUGCAGCUUUAAUGUUUUCCUUGCGGUCUUGCGUUCAAUAAGUAGAUUUUGGGGAUUUAUUUUCAUCACAUUUUAGUGAAAAAGACCCAAAAAAGUCAGGUGAUAUUGUACAAAGAGGAAUGUUCACUACUUCAGGGGUUAAGGUGACGGAUAAGUCAAACUGAGCCUGAAUACACCGUGUUUUUUUUUCAGAGGACAAACUGUUUUAACAGGAUUUGGUUUGCAGACAGGAACAGGAUUGAGAAACUUUAAAAUCACAGUUCUCCUCUCUUUUUAAAAUGGAGUCCAAAUCAUGUUGAGAUGAUAAUAUGAAUAUGUGCCAUCAUCAUCAUCAGCUAAAGUCAGACCAGGUUUGACGCUGCAGAAAGACGAGUAUUCAGACAGCAGAUCAGAGAGUCUCUGAGGCUGAGACAGUCAAACCGUCCUGAGGGACAGACUAAGAGCUUCUUUCUGCUUCAGCUGCUCUCAGCUGAAAACAUCAGAGCAGCAGAUCUAUUAUUUACUCUAUUCACCAUCACUUACAUAGAACAACCUGAGCAAACCGAGCGCAGUGUUAGUUCAGGCAGGCCAUGGAGAAUAUCAGCUGCUCUGAACUCUGACUGCUCAGCUCUUCUGUCAUCCAAUCAUCAAAUGUGAAAAUGUUUAUACUCAGCCUGCCUUCACUUCCUACUCACUCUGCAAACCUCUUUGCUGCUGCUCUCCACAGCUCCUCCUUUAAUGCAGUAACAGGAACGGCUCCACUGCAGAAUGGCAGCGAUUUUCGCCAUCCGCCAAUUCCUACUGGAUACGUUUGUGAGGCAAAUUUUGUGGCGGAUUUCGGACAGCAGGAAUCGCGAGAACUCACAAGUACUCGCGGAUUCACGUGCAAUCGUGGGAUACCGAGUUGUCUCUAUAAAGACAGCAACAUAACCAUAUAAGCAGUAGAUUGUGUCCUUCUAGAGGAAGAAAUCCAUGUCUUGACUUCCAGCAUCAGCAUCAACGGGGUGAAAUGAAGUCUGAAAACCUUUGACUUGUUUGUCCCCAUCCACAUUUGCAUGGUGUGAUAUCUAUACAAUCCCCCAAAAACAUGUAGUAUUUUAUUUUGAAAAGAAGCCAAAUGUUUUAUUUUGUGUCUGUUCCCAACUCUCUUUCCAGCAUGAGCUAAUCUGUGCGAAAUUUAUGCGGCAUGCUGCGGCGUCUGGAAAAAACAGAACUCUGGCGAUCGGCUUCGGUGCCCGCUGAACCGCAGCCGAUUGGAAAGAAGCCAGUGGAAAUUGACACAUUAACUUGAAUGGAAAUAAUCAGCUGUGAUCGGCGCCACCAUUCCACAGCGGAGCCGUUGCGGAAGUGGUGGAAAUUGGGGGUGAUAGAUAGUGACUGAUGCCUGCUCUGCUCUGUACCCCAGGGUCUUUGCUGGUACUCUCCCCGCCUCAGGGUUUAGCAGACCACAUUAACACGUGGAAGAACAGGAAGCUCUUAGCAAGUAUCAUAAUCCUCUGACUGACAAUCAGGAACUUUUUCAUCAUGCUCGUACUGUUUUGACGAUGAGGAUAGAGUUGUAAAUUCACCCUUAUGGGGCGUUCACACCAAGCGCAAGUAAAAUCAUUUACUUGCUUAAUUCACACAAAUCUAGACGCGUCAAUAAAUAGUAUUUACUCGCUUCAUUCACCCAUCAACAGUAAUUUCAAAGGUAAUCCCUGCCAAUUCAACCAGCUGGAUCAAGUGAUAGUCAAAGGUUUUUUACAAUCUGACCUCUUCACUCACUUGCCUCCAGGCAAGCUUCUUUUUAUUCCGGUUUCGGUAAUUGUAAGAAAAGGUAACAUAUAAUUCGGGGCACCCUCACACAGACUCGAUCAGUUUGUCCUUUCUCAUUGUCACUCUUCGUGCUGAGUAGUUAUACGACGCGAAUAUCUGCCAAAUCUUCGCCCAAUUAGCGCCGCCAGAGUCAUAGGACCAAUGCUCUCCGGCUGAGGAUGGUCCCAGUUUUUCCAGCGAGCUGACAGAGUGUAAAAUAAAGAAGUGUCUGCUGGAAGUGUGUGUGUGUGUGCAGAGAGCAGAUUCAUUCAGAGGAAGAUCUAUGGCCAAUUAAAAAUUUAACACUCGGGUUUUCAGGCUGAACUACCAAACCAGUCAGAGCGUCUUCAUCAAUUAGACACAAGGAUCUUCUUCUAGCUCCCAGCUCCACAUCUGCUGAUACUGAUACACUCCAUAUUGAUCAGACAGAGCUGUUCGGCUGCAGAGGAGUGGAGGAAGGUUUUCUAUCUGUUUGACAGGUCAGCAGAUGGGUUUCUUCAGAGAGGAGGAAGGCUGAGAAUGAGACAGAAGCAGAAGUUGAACAAAGAAGGUAGAAAGUUUGGUGGUAGAAGUAGGAGGAGGAGGAGGAUUCAUGUUUCUGCGUCUAAAAAGUGUAGCAGAACAAAGCUCAUUUUACAAUAAAUGAUAUUUAAAAACAAACCAAACUGUGACUGAUUCAGGCUUUGGCUGAAAUAGUGAUUUUUACUGUGGUUUCCUGUAAAAGAGAGAAAGCUUGAAGUGACGGUCACAUUGAUUUGCACCUUUUUAAGCUGCAGUACGUGCUCUGUUUUAAAGAGUCCAGAGAGAGGCAACAUGAAUAAUUUCUCAAUUUUCUAACAAAUCUACAACAAAAAGGAUUUGUCAGCUUCUUUAGGGGUGUCUGUACUGCACUGCACAAAGAGGGAAAAGUAGAAUAAAUACUAACUUUUACUUCUAUGAAUCCUGAAAACCUGCUGAUGAGUGUUUAAAUCACACAGGGAGUCACAGGGAGGUGAACUCCUAAACUUUACUAUUUCAACAUUACUUCCUCUUUAACAUCAGAGCGUGUUUCUUCGUGCACUUUUUUCUCACCUGCAGUGAGCAGAAACACCUGGAUCUCUCAGUCUGGACUCUGAUCAAAGCUGGACUCACUGUCUGCAUGAACUCUACAGAAACAGACUUUCUGCCUCAGGCUGAAACUUUUAAAUCCACCUUCUCCAUAUCAGCAGGGAGUCUUCACGCACCUCCACCUCCAGAGGCAGACGAGCUAAAGACUCGGUCUCUCAGGUCAUGAGUCUUCGACCCCCCCUGCUGAUCUGAUUACAUGAACAGAAUCUGAAACAAGAAGGUUCAAGUGUUUGGUUUCUAAUUCAGGUCGGAGUUGGACUCAACAGACCUGAGGAUGUCAAUUAUUUCUGAUGCAUUCAGGAAAGUCAGGAAAUUAAAACGCUGAUUGUCUUUAGUGACUCAGCAUCCAGCAGUAGAAUGCUGCGUUCCAGUAACCUCGGCAGUCGGGUGUCAGAGCUGGGAAUGUGGUUACACCCGAGUCGGCAGCGUUCCAGUAAACAAGUCGGAAAAACCAAGAUGGAUGCCUACUGUAAGCCGUUGCUAGCUGUUGUUAACAACUGACAGCCGUCGUUAGCCAUUGUCAGUUGUUGUUAGUUGUAGUCAGUUGUUGUUAGCCAUUGUCAGUUGUUGUUAGCUGUUAGCUGUUGUCAGUUGUUGUUAGCCGUUGUCAGUUGUAAGUGGAUGUCAGUUGUUGUUAGUAAUUGUCAGUUGUUGUUGUAAGCGGAUGUCAGUUGUUGGUUGCCGUUGUCAGUUGUUGUUAGUCAUUGUCAGUUGAUGGAAGCGAGUGUCAGUUGUUGUUAGAUGUUGUCAGUUGUUGUUAGCCAUUGUCAGUUGUUGUUAGUUGUAGUCAGUUGUUGUUAGCUGUUAGCUGUUGUCAGUUGUUGUUAGCCAUUGUCAGUUGUUGUUAGCCAUUGUCAGUUGUUGUAAGCCGUUGUCAGUUGUUGUUAGCCAUUGUCAGUUGUUGUAAGCUGUUGUCAGUUGUUGUUAGCCAUUGUCAGUUGUUGUAAGCCAUUGUCAGUUGUUGUUAGCCGUCGUCAGUUGUUGUUAGCCAAUGUCAGUUGAUGUAAGCAAGUGUCAGUUGUUGUUAGCUGUAGUCAGUUGUUGUUAGCUGUUAGCUGUUGUCAGUUGUUGUUAGCCAUUGUCAGUUGUUGUUUGCCAUUGUCAGUUGUUGUUAGUUGUAGUCAGUUGUUGUUAGCUGUUAGCUGUUGUCAGUUGUUGUUAGCCAUUGUCAGUUGUUGUUUGCCAUUGUCAGUUGUUGUUUGCCGUUGUCAGUUGUUGUUAGCCAUUGUCAGUUGUUGUAAGCUGUUGUCAGUUGUUGUAAGCCAGUGUCAGUUGUUGUAAGCCAGUGUCAGUUGUUGUUAGCCGUCGUCAGUUGUUGUUAGUCAUUGUCAGUUGAUGUUAGCGGAUUUCAGUUGUUGUUAGAUGUUGUCAGCUGUUGUUAGCCGUUGUGAGCUGUUGUUAGUUGUUGUUAGCCGUUGUUAGCUGUUGUUAGCUGUUGUCAGUUGUUGUUAGCCGUUGUCAGUUGUUGUAAGCCAGUGUCAGUUGUUGUUAGCCGUCGUCAGUUGUUGUUAGUCAAUGUCAGUUGAUGUAAGCAAGUGUCAGUUGUUGUUAGCUGUAGUCAGUUGUUGUUAGCUGUUAGCUGUUGUCAGUUGUUGUUAGCCAUUGUCAGUUGUUGUUUGCCAUUGUCAGUUGUUGUUAGUUGUAGUCAGUUGUUGUUAGCUGUUAGCUGUUGUCAGUUGUUGUUAGUCAAUGUCAGUUGAUGUAAGCAAGUGUCAGUUGUUGUUAGCUGUAGUCAGUUGUUGUUAGCUGUUGUCAGUUGUUGUUAGCCAUUGUCAGUUGUUGUUUGCCAUUGUCAGUUGUUGUUAGUUGUAGUCAGUUGUUGUUAGCUGUUAGCUGUUGUCAGUUGUUGUUAGCCAUUGUCAGUUGUUGUUUGCCAUUGUCAGUUGUUGUUUGCCGUUGUCAGUUGUUGUUAGCCAUUGUCAGUUGUUGUAAGCUGUUGUCAGUUGUUGUUUGCCAUUGUCAGUUGUUGUAAGCCAGUGUCAGUUGUUGUUAGCCGUCGUCAGUUGUUGUUAGUCAUUGUCAGUUGAUGUUAGCGGAUUUCAGUUGUUGUUAGAUGUUGUCAGCUGUUGUUAGCCGUUGUGAGCUGUUGUUAGUUGUUGUUAGCCGUUGUUAGCUGUUGUUAGCUGUUGUCAGUUGUUGUUAGCCGUUGUCAGUUGUUGUUGUUAGCCGUUGCCAGUUGUUGUUAGCCGUUGUCAGUUGUUGUUAGUCAUUGUCAGUUGAUGUAAGCAAGUGUCAGUUGUUGUUAGCUGUUGUCAGUUGUUGUUAGCCGUUGUUAGCUGUUGUUAGCCGUUGCCAGUUGUUGUUUGCCGUUGUCAGUUGUUGUUUGCUGCUGUCAGCUGUUGUCAGUUGUUGUUAGCCGUUGUUAGCUGUUGUUAGCCGUUGUUAGCUGUUGUUAGCCGUUGUCAGUUGUUGUUAGCCGUUGUCAGUUGUUGUCACAGUUAGACGUCGGGCAGUAAAACAUUUACCACUCAUUGAAUUUCUCAAAAACAAAACAGAAGUGCUAAUAAAUAAAACAUUACAAGAGCUUUUACUGUUUCUCUUUACUGUUGAUGCACUGAGCUGCCAUCUUGGAUAAUGAUGUUGUCAAGUUGGUGAGGAUCAUCCAACUCUCUGACUUCAGGGCGAUGUUCCAGAUAAAUUGCUGACUCGGAGCUCGGAAAUUCCGACUUCUAAGUACAACUGGAAUGCAGCAUUAUAGCGUGAUGAUGAGCAGCAAUAGUAUGAGGACUACAAACAGAAAGCAGCACCAACCAUAAAUGUUGUAUAGUGUGUUUAUGAGAAGAAACAUAUCUGUUGGUCUCAGGUGUGUCAGGUCUUUUUUUCAUGCGCUGUGAUAUAACAUCAGUCAGUUUCACACCUGCAGAGUCUGAGUCUGUGGACACCUCUCACACCGCUGCAUCAUCCCCAUCUCAGAGACUCAGAAAGCGUUAAAUAUGUAAACUCCUCUCAUCUGUGAGGUGCAGCAGAUUCAUUAUUUAAAGCGAAAACAGAGCUUCUUACAUUCAGACAGAAACGAACACAAACUCUGUGAUGCUCCGAGAUCCUCCAGCUGAGAAAACAAAACUUGAUCAAAUUCAGAGUUUGAUAGAAACAGCAGCAUGUCCUCCGUGAUGUUUGCACAGCUUUGUUCAGUGACAGUGAGUUUGAACAGACCGAGAUUAAUUUUCUCCUCCAUGCUCUCCUGUUAAUCUGAUCAUUCAUCACUGUGAUCCUCUCCACUAUGAAGCUCCUCUUUUUUUUCCCAAAGCUAAAACCUCCACCUGGAUCGUUUGGUGAUGUCUGUGUACCUGGAGGGAACAGCUGCUGUCCCACCUGUCCACCUCACUCUCCUCCAGCCUUCAUCUCUCCAGAUACCGAACACCUGGACAGGUUUGGGGGGAACAGCUGCAGAGGAGUCCUGCUUUAUAAAUCACAUCCCUCUUCAGAGCGAUCUGCCCAGGACUCUGUAUGAAGAAUGUUUUCAGUUUACACCUCCUGCUACAGAUCACAUCACUCUGACCUGACCUUUGACUUCCAGCAGAUUAACCUGUUGCUGUCUAUGGAUAAUCAGUCAGCUGUCAGUUGCCAUACAAUGCUGUUACUGCUCUGUAGGUGAACAUUAAAUCUCACUUCUGUACAGCAUUAGCAAAUCUUGUGCAUUUUGACCACCUAAAUUGACCAAACAAGACAUUUUUUGCACAGUCUUCUUUCUCAUUUAGGUCUUAAGACAAAUGAAUCAUAUAUUGUUAAGCUAGGCCUGUCAUGAAUCAGAGUUAAACAAAAAGGAAAGGGUCCAAAUACAAAACAAUAAUGAACUAAAUAAAAAGCAACAAAAACUUAAUUAUAAUGUCCAACUCAAAAAUCCCAAAAGGCAAAAUCAACAAAAAGACACUUGGAGAAACCACAUGGAGACUCACUUAAGAGACAAGCGUAAACUGAACUCGACAUACAGACACACACCUUGACAAAGACACACAAUGAACCAACAAAGAAGCAGGUGCAGACUAUUACAGAGGAGGGAAAACUAACUGGAACACAGGGAACAAGACUAGAAACACUGGAAAUAAACUACUACAAAAUAAAACAGGAAACACUGAAAACUAAUAAAGAACAAAACACAGAGAACAUGAAGGAAACGUCAGACACAAACUGAAAACUCACAAUACUGGACUACAGGGGAACAGGAACACGAGGGAAAAUACACUGAAAUGACCAAAACCAGGGGAAAACUAAAUACCAGAACACAUUAUCACAAGGUCUGCAUGCUUUGUGCUAAUGUCAACAUGGGACCUUCAUAGCUCUGCUGAGAAGCACUCUUGAAAUGCUGUGUGGACAAAUGUCUUAGCAUGUUGCUGGUGUUUCCACUCUUUCCACACUCACUCUGGUGUUGUCACACAGCCACAGAUGUUUCAAUACAUGAGAUAUGAGAUAUAUGAGAUAUAUAUGAUAUAUGAGAACCUAUUUGCAUAAAAAUUGGCCGGACUUUGGACAAUUUUUGUCCAAAACUGUUUUGGCUCUAAGCUCGUCUACACAUAAAUCUGAACUGCAUACUGCUGGUCAGUAAUGUCUGCAGCACAGAUGGACCCUGCUGCACAUCCUGCAGUUACACAUGUAUAAUGAUUAGACAGUCUGCCUAUCACCACUCACUAGCUGUGUUUACAUGGGCACAAAUAAUCGGAAUAAAUACCAGAUCGGAAUAAAAAAGCGUCAUGUAAACAUGUCGAUUGGAAGAUUCUGAUCCAAUGCGGCUCAAUCGGAAAUGAAUUGUAUUUCGAUCGAGAGGGGUGGUUUAUGUCGAUCAUUAUUCCGAAACACGUCCAUGUAAAUACUUAUUCCGAUCAUGACUCUCUUACCUGACUCAGUCUUCACUCUUUAGCCUUUGGCUUAUUAUUGAGGCCAGUAAAGGAGGUUUCAUUAUUAAAACUCUGGCAUGAAACACAAUCGUAGUGCCGUGUCUGCUCCUCCAGUAAAAUAACAAGGCGUACAUACAGCAUAAUGAUGUCACAUCUGCAUGCCCAGCGCAACCUUUGACAGAACAGUAAAAUAAGUACACAAGAGCGCCAUCUAGUGACAAUAUUUAACACGGGAAAAACUCCUGAAUUGGAUGAAGUGAGCCACUACCGCUUUUGUUGGUUUGUUGACAGCACAGGCGUAAAUACAACUCUUCUUUUUCUGUGGAUGUUUUAGUGAAAUCAGACAACUCUGCACAUGUCCAAAUGCUUCUAAUCUGAAUAAAGCUCGGUGCAUGUGUACACACGUCAUGAUCAGAUAACUUGAUUUUGCACCCAUAUAAACAGUGGAUUCAGAUUAUCUGAUCCUUCAAAUUUUUAAUCGGAUCAAGAAAUGUUGCCCAUGUGCAUUUUAUAUUAUAACUGGAGUGAUAUUGUGGUUUUCAUACCCUAAGGGUGAAGAUCUGAUAUCAGAACAAUCUUACUUCAAACUGGUUUUCGACUCUACUUGAAUAACUUGUCAGGUGUCAGGUAAAGUUCUUCCUCAUAUUUUCCAAUUUUAAGGUUUCAUGUUCAGUAGAUUCAGCUCAGAUUUUAAAGGGAUGUGACGUCGGCACCUGUCUUCAGCCUCAGCUCUUUUAUAUCCAGUCGUGUCUUUUAUUUGGAGCUUUUGUUCUGAGUCCGCUUUGAUCUAAACGGAUCUGCUGCUGUGAGCGAGUGAACGCCGCCUGAUUGAAGGAGUCUCAUCUCACCUGUGUGACAAAAAUAAAAGUCUAGGAUAAUAACCCAGCCUGUGCCUAGACACUUUGAUGUUUCUGCAAGAACACAAAGGUGGAGAGAGCUGCGUGUGAUCACAGAGAGGAGGAAGACUUUUUAAUUAAACUCUGAAACACUGAAGCACAGAGAAGAAGAGGAGGAGGACUCUGCAAGUCUGAAAACUCUGCAUGCUUACGUUUGAGUAUUUCAGACAGCUUCACGGGGCUGCAGGUGGGAGGAGAAUUCUGCAGAGAGACUGCAGCAAACAUGGAGCUGAUCCAGGUAAUUAUUGACCUGCAGAGAGCUGAUGGCAUGCAUGGAUAUACAGCUGGAGCCUCAGAAACUUUCUGAUGAGAGCUGAUUUUUAUGAAGCUCCAACUGUGGCUGUUUCAGAGCUCUUAAGUUUCAUACCAGUAUCCCUCAUUUUUGCCUCUUUUUACUGACUGCUUUAAAGGGAUACUCCGGCGUAAAAUUAAUUUAGGGUCAAACACACCAUAACACCGAGUUAGACACCCCCUCGAGAGAUGAAUGUUGCCGACCGCUUGCUUCUCUAGUUAUACCAACUUUAGUAACGACUGCAGGAUAGCAAUACACAGCGGUCUGAGGAGCCAUAAACAAACCUCAACCAAAACGCCACUCUAUAGCCACAAAUAAUGCUCAGAACAGCACCUAACUUCAUCAACAGUACAUACAGGGUCCCAGCCACAGCACUAGCCACCAAACAUCUUUUUAACUUUGCCUAAUUUCUUUAGCAAAGAGACCAAACACAACUCACCUACUCUCCUCCAGCAGCUGCUUGUUUGUAGCGAGACCUCAGGCCAGUCCAUUACGUACAACAGCAGGGGUGACGCAGCUCAAGGAAGAACAUUUAUGAUCAUUUCUUCAUGGAAAUGCAAUCAGACCGAGACACUAAAGCAGAAGAACUACCACAUCUGCAGUGCAAAAUGAUUAAUAUGAUUAUUAUUAAAAGGAAAUAAUAAAGAAAUUAUCAUAAAUGUUCUUCCUUGAGCUGCGUCACCCCGCUGUUGUACGUAAUGGACUGGCCUGAGGUCUCACUACAAACAAGCAGCUGCUGGAGGAUUUUAGUGAAAUCCAAGCUGUGAGAGACAUGUCUGUCAGUGAAAGACUUUUACGAAGGCUGCUCUUGUGUGUCCUCUCUCUGAUUUCCCUCCUCUCUCCUUGAUCCUUUCUCUCCCAGUCAAGUCAAGGUCCAUGAGUACUUCCAGUUUGGCUGUGGACUGCUGUGUUAAACUCUUUACUUGAAGUGAUUACUGAUUCACGCACUUGCAAAGAUAUAAAUCUGUUUCUACAGUCCAGUUUCUGUUUAUGGUUUGUUCAGUGGUUUUGGUGUGUGUUCCUCCAGGCUGAAAAUCUCUUUAACACAGCAGAAGUAGAAACACGCUCUGAUGACGAAGCAGAAAAGAGACUUUGUUAUCAAACGACACAACACUCUGUCGCUUUAAAUAUUUCCUCUCGGAGUUUAGCUGCAGCUGUGUUUGCUCUAAUGAAAUCAGGACUGUCUCCAUUAUGGAAAUGAGUCUCUCUGUGACCUCUGCUCCUCUUAAAGCUGAUAAAUUUUACUGUGUUUGGACAGCUCCGCUCUUACAGCUGAUAAAUGUUGACACCGUUCUCCCCUUGGACCUCGCAGAGGGAGACGCUGCUUUAACUUUAUUUUGACACCCGAGCGGAUAACCACGGCUGACGGAGAGCUUCCUGUGCAGCCCGGGGCGCGAUGGAGAGCAGAGUCAUCACUCGAGAGGGGCUAACUCCUGAUCCUGUGAGACACAAGCCUGCCAGACUACAGUGAGGGAAUAAAACACACAGCUGGUGGUUGGACAGCUGGACGUACAGACUAUAGAUUGUAUAUACUAUGGACAACUUAGUUUCAUCUUAUGCCAGUUUAUGGAUUUAAAGCCGAAAAGCUCUCGGUAAUUCCGCAUUUUUUCUCCACUUCCUGAAACCAACAUUUCGCAGUAGCGUUGUACGCACUCCACCACUUGCCCAGUAGCAUUGUACGGGUUAGGCAGGAGAGUCAUUGAGAGUGGCUGUGAUAACGCUCGGCUCAAAUCCCAGGUGGCGAUAUUUUUUUUUGUCGGAUGGUAGGGGAAAGUCCCUCCUCCUUCGGCUCUGAUUGGCGAGAAAAGCUGGAAACUUUGUGACAUGCUAAAGCUGAGCACAGGCUGUCGGCUCUAUACAUCGAACAGAACAUUACAGAACAUUAUCGCAUUUCCGAAUCUCCUGACCCUAACCUUAACCCAA